AACUUUCUCACUCAUCAUUAUUCACAAUUCAUUCAGUAACUAUCUGUAAUCAAUUUUGGCUGUACUUUCUCAACGGCUCGGCCGAUGUGGUUGAAAAUACUCUGAAAUGAAAGCUUGUCAGCACUUUAACCUCGGGCGUCGUUUCCAAUCCAAAGUGCUGGAGUACAGAACCAAAACAACCAAAAAUGUGUCACUGUAGCCUACGGUACUUACGCUGUGUGUGUGUGUGUGGCAGCGAUGGCCUUUGGUGGGUCAGUUGACAUCCUGGCCACUGAGGAUCCUGACUUGGUUCAGGAAGAGCAGGAGGAACUGCAGGUCUACGAGAAACACAACAACCUGCUACACGGCACCAAGAGACGCAGAGAGAAGAUCGUGAGUAAGGAGUUCAUGAGGAAGUACAUCCACAUCGCCAAGGUGUUGACCCCUACGUUGACCCAGGAAGCAGCCAAUCACAUUGCGGAAGAGUACUCCAGGCUGAGAAGCCAGGAACAGCUGGGAGCUGAUAUUUCCAGAACGUCCCCAGUAACUGCUCGUACUCUGGAGACCCUGAUCCGUCUGUCUUCGGCCCACGCUAAAGCCCGCAUGAGUAAGGCUGUGGAGCUGGAGGACUCGGAGGUCGCUGUGGAGCUGGUCCAGUUCGCGUACUUCAAAAAGGUUCUGGAGAAGGAGAAGAAGAGGGGGAGGAAGGAGCAGGAGUCUGACUCAGAGGAGGAAGAGACGACACAGCGUACCCCUCGCUCAGAGAAGAAGAGGAGUCGCCGUGGUUCCCAGAGCAGCGAGGCCUACGACCCGUAUGACUUUGCUGGAGAGAAGGACAUCCCUGAGAUCCAGGCUGGCACGCCCAAACCGGCAGAGGAGGAGCCUAUGGAUGCCCCUGUCCCACCAAGCCAGGACGGGCAGACUGACGGGCAGACUGAGGUGUCUGCAGACAGGCUGAAGGAGUUUAAGUCCUCCCUCUUGGACGUGUUCCGUUCUGCACAUGCUCAGUCCGUCAGUAUCAACUCUCUGAUGGAGAGUGUCAACAAGGACAGAGAUGCCCCCUUCACCCUGACAGAGGUCCGGGCCGCCCUCGCUCGCAUGCAGGACGACAACCAGAUCAUGUUGGCCGACGACAUCAUCUUCCUCAUCUAAAGACCAAGGAAAACAUCUUCAUCUUAGACCGAAGUGAAGAAGAGGUGAAGAAGAGGUGAAGAAGAGGUGAAGGGAGAGGACAGAAGGAGAUGGAGAGUCUGAAUGGAGAGUUGUUUCCUAUUGGAGACCAAGAAGAAUGAGAAGGAAUUCAGAAGUAAUUGAAUUGGAUUUUGACUAGUUCUUUUGGGUUUGGGGUCCACUCGUUCCUUCCAAUUAGCCUUUUUUUUGUGUGGCAAUAACCACUUAUGACUAAAAAGUAGUUGAAAAGAUUCUGGUUUUAUUCUUUUAUUUGGAUGUAAUGUUCGUAGGUUAAUUCUUGAUCAGGGCUCACAAAGUUUAGUUUCUUUGCUUCACUCAUAUUUUAGCUACAUAUUAUGGGAUGUACCAGGUCUGGUUACAAUCACAAGUCUCCCUAGAGCAUCUGCAUCGUUUUAUGCUUUCGGUUUUAAGGUUUUAGUAUUUCUUUUCUAAGAAAAAUACCUUUCUUGUAUAUAUUGUUUUGUUAAAGAAAAGGUUUUCAUUGUAAAGGUUUGUCAACUGUAAUAGUGCAUCGAGAUGAAAAAUAAAAUUACUUGGAUGUUGAACGUUGUGAUUGGA